AUCGUCCCCAGCAGUAUAUAUAUGCACACAAAUCUAGCCACAAAAACAUUUUAACACCCAUAACCAAAAUGAAGGAGCAGCUCUUCGGCAAAUGCCAUGGCAUCUUCUUCUUCAUCUUCCUCUUCCUCUCACAGGGGGCAGCCCAAUCGGUCCCCACCCCGGAAAACAACCCCACCAUGUACGCCCGCUUCACCCCUUCCAUGGCUGUCAUCAUUUCCAUCCUCGUCGCCGCGCUCUUCUUCGUGGGCUUCUUCGCCAUCUACAUCCGCCACUGCUUCGACUCCUCCUCCUCCGGUGGGGCCAGCGUCAGGCGCGGCGGCCUCUCCCUCCUCCGGGCACGCCGAGCCGCCGCCGCCCGCGGCCUGGAGGCGUCGGUGAUCGAGACGUUCCCGACCUUCUCCUACUCGGAGGUGAAGGACCACCAGAUCGGCAAGGGCGCCCUCGAGUGCGCCGUCUGCCUCAACGAGUUCGAGGACCACGAAACGCUGCGUUUGCUGCCCAAGUGCGACCACGUCUUCCACCCCGACUGCAUCGACGCCUGGCUCGCUUCCCACACCACCUGCCCGGUCUGCCGCGCCGAUCUCGUCCCGCAGACCGGUUCCGAACCGGUCCAACCGCCCGACGAUGCAGUCGUAAUAAGUGAACCGAGAGACAACGACCAGCAGAUUGUAAUCCAAGUGGACGAAGAAGAGCGAAACCCGAGCUUCGAGGUGCCAAACCGGAGGCCGAAAAUGGUCGGUUUGGGUAAGUUCCGGUCGCAUUCGACCGGGCACUCGCUGGUCCAACCGGGUGAGAAUCUGGAGCGGUUCACUCUGAGGUUACCCGAGGGAGUGAGGAAGGAGGUGAUGGACCGGGCGAAGCUGAACCGGUCUAGAAGUCUUGCGGUCGGACUAGAAAGGGAAGGUAGUUCGAGGAAAGGAUACCGGGCCGGGGGAGAAGAGGAAAGCAGCCGGGCCGGGAGGUUCAAUAGGCGACUUGAGCUACCCGGUCGAGGAGCGAAUGCGGACCGGUGGGCGUUUUUCACGAGAGGGAUAUCGUUCCGAUCGCCGAGGGUGGUGGCGGAUAGCGGCGAAGGAUCCACUUCGAAGAGGAGCGGCAGCAAGACGCCGGUGAAGAUGCCUUCAUUCAAGUGCUUGGAACCAAAGACCGACGGGGAUGACAAUCGACCAUUUUCUGAGCCGCCGGUUUAGAUAGUCAAAAUUUGGCCAUGCAGUAGGGAUAGGUUCAGUGGGGUCCGAAGAGGGAAAAAGUCAAACUAGCUAUUUUGAUUAUUCCAUGGAAUUGGAUACUAAAUAUUUCAUUGUUUUGAGUUUUUUCGUCCAUAAAACGCAAAUGUAUUGAUUCUUCUCUCUUUUUUUACAAUUGAUUAUUUGUUUACCGUUCUUCGA